AUCAUGUUUCCUAUUUUUUAGCAAAACUCCAUCCACCGUCUUACGUUUCCUAUUUUUUAGCAAAACUCCAUCCACCGUCUUAUGUUUCAUCAAUGGAGCACUUGUAUUUAUACUCAUGCUCCUAAAAAGAACAUUAUUAACGUAAGAACAAAGAAAAGAAAAAAGGCCAUCAAGUGCAAACCACGAACUCAAAGAGCAGCAAAAAUGGACGAACUAAAGCCAAGCCCAGUGAACUCGACUCCCCUCACACCAAUAGCUUUCUUGGAAAGAGCAGCUAUUGCAUACGCUGAUUGCCCAUCCAUCAUCUACAACGAUACCACUUAUACGUGGUCUCAAACUAACCGUAGAUGUCUCCAAGUAGCAUCAUCUCUAUCAUCCUACGGCAUCGAGACUGGCCACGUGGUCUCCGUUCUGGCCCCCAACGUCCCUGCCACGUAUGAGCUUCAGUUUGCCGUGCCCAUGGCUGGUGCCAUUCUCCACAACAUCAACACACGUCUUGACGCACGAAAUGUUUGCAUACUCCUGCGUCACAGCGAGUCAAAGCUCGUUUUCGUUGAUUACCUCUCACGAGAGCUCAUCCUUGAAGCCGUGUCUUUGUUUCCUCCAGACACAAAACGCCCUACACUCGUCCUCAUCACUGAUGAUGCUGACGCUGAUGCAGACCAAUCAUCAUCUUCAUCACUGACCGGUCAUUUUAGCUGCUCUUAUGAGGACAUGGUGGAGAAAGGUGAUCCUGGGUUCAAGUGGGUCCAGCCACAAAGUGAGUGGGACCCAGUCGUCCUAAACUACACGUCAGGGACUACCUCGUCUCCGAAAGGCGUGGUCCAAUCUCAUAGAGGUAUUUUCAUCGUGUCUGCUGCAGCGUUGAUUGAUUGGGGAGUUCCAAAACAACCCGUAUACUUGUGGGCGUUACCAAUCUUUCAUACCAAUGGAUGGAGCCAUGUGUGGGGCAUGGCAGCCGUUGGUGGGACCAAUAUCUGUCUCCGUAAAGUGGAAGCCUCCACAAUCUACAGUUUGAUCCAUAGACACGGCGUGACUCACAUGAGUGGUGCUCCUGUGGUGUUAAACAUCCUAACAAAAUCUCCUGACGUUGAGCCCCUCAAGAACCCAGUGCACAUCAUAACCGCUGGAGCUCCACCCCCAGCAGCCGUGAUACUCAGGACUGAGUCACUGGGUUUUGUGGUGAGUCAUGGGUACGGGUUAACUGAGACAGCAGGGCUUGUGGUGUCUUGUGCAUGGAAACCAAAGUGGAAUACAUUUCCAGCAAGUGAGAGAGCUAGACUAAAAGCAAGACAAGGAGUUACCAUGGCUGGGUUUACUGAGAUGGACGUUGUGGAUCCCAGAACAGGGGAGAGCAUGAGACGAGAUGGGGUUUCAGUUGGAGAAGUAGUUUUGAGAGGCGGGUGCUUAAUGCUAGGUUAUCUGAAGGAUCCACUGGGUACGUCAAAAUGCAUGAAGGAUGGCUGGUUUUACACGGGGGAUGUGGGCAUUAUGCACCAAGAUGGUUAUUUAGAAAUCAAAGAUAGGUCCAAAGAUGUGAUCAUUAGCGGUGGAGAGAAUAUUAGUAGCGUGGAGGUUGAGUCUGUGUUGUAUACACAUCCUGCUGUUCAUGAGGCAGCUGUUGUGGGUCGACCUGAUGAGUUUUGGGGGGAGACGCCUUGUGCAUUUGUGGACUUGAAAGAUGGGCUGAACCAAAAACCUUGCGAAAAGGAUAUAAUUGAUUUUUGUAGGAACAAUAUGCCUCACUUUAUGGUGCCGAAGACUGUAGUGUUUAAAGAUGAGCUUCCAAGGACAUCAACGGGGAAGAUUCAAAAGUUUGUGCUCAAGGAAAUUGCUAAAGGUAUGGGCCCUAAGAAGUAAUUUUCGAAAGCAGAGUUGCAUUGAUCAAGUUGUGGUGAUACCAACGCGGCUCUAGCAGCAUUGAUGGAUAUAGAUGGAGUUAGGAUCAUAGUACGAUCGUAGGUAUAAUAAUCGCGGUUACGAUGAAUUUUUGUGGGUGUUAUGUAUAAUGAAUACGGUUGUUAUGCUUUCAGA